AUGGUGAAUGGAGAUGGCACCGAUGACUCAGAUUUCGACUUCGAUGUGGUUGACGAAGUGGCUCAUCGUGAAGUGGAGGAUGACGACUUUGACCCGAUCGACGAGGCGCUCUCCAAGUUUGAUUCUUACGUAUUCACAGAAACGAAGAAGCUGUAUCAGUCCUUGAUCUCGGCUGGUCUUGACAUGGACACCUCCAUGAAGCUCUGCGUCCAGGUCGCCGAACAGUUUCAAACUCUCGUCGAACACCGCAAGACUUUGCAGACUGGUUUCCAAGAAUUGGAUGUGAGGAGCAGGAAAGCGGCGAAAGAGCUGGUGGAGUGCCGGGAGAAGAUAGGAUUGCAGGAUUCGUUGAUCGAGCAGCUAAGGCGGGACGUGUCCGACCAAAGAUCGCAGAGAGAGGACGCCGACAGACGGCUUGCUGAUGCUGAGCAACUGAUCAAGUCGCAAGAGGCAGAGAUUCAGAAUCUGAAAGAAGACAACGACGCGUCAAUGGGUUCGAUGGAUCUCCCGAUCUUCGAAGACGACCAGAAGAAAUUGAAGCAGGACAAGCGCGUAUCGGACAAUGGAGUGAACGAGUACAAGGAAAGAUGCAGAGUGGCAGAGCUGGAGGUCCUGGCACUGAAAGUCGACCUCGAGAAUGCUGUCGAGAAGACGAAUCAGCUCGAGAAAGACAAGUUCAACUUGAGAAAGAAACUCGCAGAGGCUGAAGAAAAAGCCAUGGAACGGAUGAAGGAAGUGGACGAGGGGAAGGCAGGGGAUAUCAAAGAGGAGAAGACGCAGAACAAGAUUCUGCAGCAGCUCUUGAAGGAGAGGGAGGCUGAGGUGGCUGAGCUGAGAAGGCAACUAGAUGACGAGACGGUUGCUCUGGAGGAUGUGAGGAAUGCGAGAGAUGACUUCGAGGAGGCCCUGAAGCAAGAGAGAAAGAAGAUGGUCCAAUGGUUUGCGAACAAGGAAGAAAACGACGAUGGCGAGGGCGAAGAGGGUGAGGAAGAGGACGAGGAAGUUGUUGAGGAGGAAACGAAGGAGAAAGGGAAACAAGAGCCGGCUGCUGAUAGAGUCCAAGUGAAACAAUCCUCGAUACCUCCGAGAGGGUUGAGGCCGCAAGGAUCCGUCGGCUUCAAGAGGAGGGCGCCAGCUCGGCAGGAGGCGAUUGAACAAACGUUGGUUGUGAAGAUGUCAGAGGAGCUAAACAAGGCCAAGGCGCAGAUCUCCAUGCUUCAAGCCAAGCUGAAGGAGCAGCAGGACAAGAAGGGAAAUGAGAAGAAUGAGGAGAAGAAGAACUUGGAGAGGAUCCGGGAGCUCGAGAGUCACAUCGUUGUGCUGGGAAAGGAGUUGAAGCAGAAGGAGGAGGCGGUCCUGAAGCCGCAAGAGCAGAGCAGCAAGUCGGGGUUGAGCAUACAGGCAAUGAACUUGCAGCAGGAGCUGGAGGCGACGAGGAGCGAGCUCUGCAGCAUUCGAGCGGAAUUUCGAGAGAGCAGGAGGGAAGACCUCAAGGCCAAGAACGAGGCGAUGCAGCGGCUGCACCGGGCACAGAUUGAGCUGAAGGAGGAGAGAAAGAGGGCGGAAACGCUGCAGGUUGAGAAGGAGAAGGCAGAGAGUGCAAGGAAGGCCUCCGCCGCCCUGGCGGAAGAAUUCAGGAAGAACAUGGAGGAGACGAAGAAGAAGUUGGAGAUGAAGAGCAAGAAGUUCGAGAGCAGCAAGAAGAAGGCUUCCAGCGUGGCGAGGGAGGAGUGGGAGCCGAAGCUCGAGAUGCUCGCUGAGAGGCUUAGCAGGGCCACCCUUGAGUGCUCCAGCAGGACGGAGGAGAGGGACGAGGAGAGGAGGAGGAGGACACUGGCGGAGGCGGAGAGGGAGGAGAUGGAGCAGCUGGUGAAGGAGGUCAGGAUGGGCCUCCGAUCUCUGGUGGAGCAGCACAAGGACCUUCCACCUCACAUUCGCAAUGCCCUCCUCACAUUCCUCAAGUCACUAAGAAGGAAGAAGACUCUAGGGAACUCGUUCCAGACGAUAGAGGAGGACGUGAACUCUUCCUCCUUCCUGCAGGUCGACGACCCGAGCUUCAGGUUCAAUACGUUGAUGGUGCAGCAUCCUCCUCCUCUCCCCCUGCUUGACGACAUCGAGCGACCUCUCGAGCAACCCCACCGAGGCUCUCCCGAGCAUGUCGCGGCCUGGCUCAGGAUGGAGGGCAGAGACAACGGGGACGUGGAGGCCGAGGAGGGAGUGAGGAGUACACAGGGAGCAGGAGAGCUCGGAAAUUUCUUGCAAGAAGGAGGACAGGGAGUUCUGCUAGACGAUGACUACGGAAGCAGCUCUCACGCAGACGACGUUCGAUCCCCUCCCAAGUCAUCCUCCACAUCACGGGAGGAGGGCGAAAGUAGCGAGUCGGGGAGAGCCGUCCUGAAGCAGCGGAGGAUCAACCUGACAGACUUGGAGGCAGUCCUCCACAUCCUGGAGCAAGGAACCAUCGCCUGCCACAGGAGCGCCGCGACCCACUGGACUUCCAAGCUCAGCAGGAGGCAGCAGGAGGUGCUCAAGCCCCUGCUCUCUGCUCGAGGGCCCAUCCUCCAUCUCGACCUGGCUGGCAACGAGCUCUCAAGUGCAGCAGGAGAACUGCUGGGCCUUGCUGUCCGUCGGUCGGAGGUGAAGGAGCUGAAUGUGCGGAAUAACAUUCUGGGGGACGGGGGGGCGGAAGCGUUCGCUGCUGCUCUCUGCGGAGAGACUUCGGCCGAGAGGAGGGAGAGGAGGAGGAAGGGAGAGAGUAUCAACUCCUCCUUCUCCUCCCUCGACUUCUCCAACAACCAGCUCGGCGCUCCCGCAGCUGCUGCGCUGGGGAACAUGACGAGGGUGUACGGGAGCCUCCGAAGGCUCAACGUCUCCUACAACUUCCUGGGGGACGAGGGGGCCCGCUCCCUGUUCGAGAACCUUGUGGGAGGGAGCCUCUGCGGACUGCAGGAGCUGAUGAUGAGCUGCUGCAAUCUCGGGCCCCCGUCCUGCUCCUCCCUCGGGCAGCUCCUCCUGGGCCCUCUCUCCCUCCGCGGCUCCUCCUCCGAGAUCACCAAGGUGAGGAGGAGCAUCGACCGUCCCGACCUCAAACUGCGCGCCGUCGACCUGAGCGGCAACCCAAAGAUCGGCGAUGAAGGAGCCCGAGCGCUCGCCCCCUUCCUCAUCCGCAGCGCCAGCAUGCAGCUUCUCAGCCUCUCCUCCUGCGGCGUUUCGGACGCCACACGCUCGAUCCUUGAGUGCGCCCUCGAGCAGCGCAUCUCCGUCUUCUCCAACGCCGCCAUGUACAUCCAGUGCGAUGAGCGCAUGCUUGGCUCGGCUCCUCCUCCUCCUCCUCCUCCCUCCUCCAAGCGCUCUUACGCCGACGACUGGCAAGGCCCUGCAGUCUGCGGCGCGUGGGUGGGGAUGAGCGGGAGGAAGAGCUUCUGGGAGACCCCCGAGCAGGUCAAGAUGCGCAGGAGAACGAGUAGGGAGGAGGAGGUUGCAGCGCAGGACCAAGGCUGGGGGGACGUGCAGGGGAGCAGCAUCGGGAAGGUUCUGGUGAUCGCAGAGGAAGGGAGGAGGGAUAAGGUCGUAUCGCCCUCAGCCAAAAAGAGGAUGCAGCUGCUCAACUGCAGGCCGAGCGAGGGGCUGACGCUGAUGGAGACGUUUGCGAGGGAGGAGAGGACAAGGGCGGUCGACGGCAUCGGCUCCUCCUCCCGUCCUGCUCGCACGUGGGUUGUCGGCGGCAGUUGA